AUGCCGGGCUUGAGAGGUGAGUACUGCCUAGGUAUCGAGGUGGCUUACCUGACCUCACGCGCCCGCACCCAGGCCCUGAACCUCUCACCUUGUCAACUCCCUGCGAUUCAUUAUACCGUCGCUCUUUUGUUCUCGCAUCUCACUCUCCCCAGCACCAUCCCCCAUCCCCCCAAAUCACGAGUACGCUCGCGAGGCGUCAUUACGUUUCCCUCAUUGGCGACGCGUAUCGUAGACACAGGGUUCGCACCGUUUAAGCCAUUGCCAUUCAGCGGCCUCGUUCUGCCACCGAGGCUCAGCAAUCAUCGGAGCGAUGAGCGAGUGGCUGCGAAUGAGCACCUGACCCGACCACGUUGCCAAGCUGGACCGGCAACUGAUCGAUCAUCAGCGGUUCGGUGA